UGAGUGUGUACCCGUGGUUGGAGCUGUGGAGGUGUCCCCCGGUGGCGAGUGCGGCCAGAACACCGGUCCCUGUUAAGUUUUAUGUGCGCUCGUUGCACACCGUGUGUGAGUCUGAUCCAGCUUUAGAGUUUACCCUUCUGCUUCUGAAAUCCCUGUGGAAGAAAGGUGGAUAUUCAAGGUAUAAUUUGGCUUCCUGAGAUUCUGCCUUAGCAAGAAGUCAGUGGGAAAUCCUCUUGGAAGAAAAACUGAAAUUUUAGGGAAGCCAGAAUUUAUUCUUACAUGGUUGUCAGCUCACAUACCAAUAUGGACACCUUUCCCAACAUUUUUCCUCCUGCUGGAGACAGCGGACUGACUAGUUCUCAAUCUGAGUUCCAAAAAAUGUUAAUUGAUGAAAGGUUACGAUGUGAACAUCAUAAAACAAAUUAUCAGACUCUGAAAGCUGAACAUACAAGGUUGCAGGAUGAGUAUAUAAAGUCACAAAAUGAACUCAAGCGACUAUUAAAUGAAAAGCAAACUCACCAGGAAAAAUUUCAGCUGCUGCUUCAAGAGCUAAGAGAGGAAUUAGUAGAAAAAACUAAAGACUUAGAGGAAAUGAAGCUGCAGGUAUUAACUCCACAAAAACUGGAAUUGUUAAGAGCCGAAAUACAACAAGAAUUAGAAACUCCAAUGAGAGAGCGUUUUCGGAAUCUAGAUGAAGAAGUAGAAAAGUAUAGAGCUGAAUAUAAUAAGCUUCGUUAUGAACAUACAUUUCUCAAAUCAGAAUUCGAACACCAGAAAGAAGAAUUUGGACGUAUUUUAGAAGAAGAAAAAAUAAAAAAUGAAUCAGAGAUUGCAAGACUGGAGAAAGAUAAAGAAGAACUACAUAACCAGCUGCUUAGUGUUGAUCCCACAAGAGACAGCAAACGAGUGGAGCAACUUGUUCGAGAAAAAGUCCAUUUAUGUCAGAAAUUAAAAGGUUUGGAGGCUGAAGUAGCAGAAUUAAGGGCUGAAAAAGAGAAUUCUGGUGUUCAGGUAGAAAGUGUCCAAAGAAUACAGGUGCGGCAGUUGGCUGAGAUGCAGGCUACAGUUAGAUCCCUAGAGGCUGAAAAACAGUCUGCUAAACUACAAUCUGAACGUUUGGAAAAAGAGCUUCAAUCAAGCAAUGAACAAAAUACUCUUUUAAUCAGUAAAUUGCAUAAAGCCGAACGAGAAGUAAAUACAUUGACCAGUAAAGUAAAAGAACUUAAACAUUCAAACAAACUGGAAAUAACAGACAUCAAACUGGAGGCAGCAAGAGCUAAGAGUGAGCUAGAAAGAGAAAGGAAUAAGAUUCAAAGUGAACUGGAUGGAUUACAGUCAGACAAUGAAAUUCUCAAAUCAGCUGUUGAACACCACAAAGUGCUCUUAGUAGAAAAGGAUCGUGAAUUAAUACGUAAAGUACAAGCUGCCAAGGAGGAAGGUUAUCAAAAACUUGUGGCAUUGCAAGAUGAAAAGCUAGAACUUGAGAACAGAUUAGCAGAUCUAGAAAAAAUGAAAGUGGAACAUGAUGUCUGGAGGCAAUCUGAAAAGGAUCAGUGCGAAGAGAAAUUGCGGGCUUCACAGAUGGCAGAAGAGUCGGCCAGGAGGGAACUUCAGAGUAUUAGGUUAAAACUUCAGCAGCAAUUUGUGAAUAUUGAAAAUGCAGAGAAAGAAAAAAAUGAAAAUUCUGACCUAAAACAGCAAAUCAGUAGCUUGCAGAUCCAAGUGACCUCACUUGCACAGUCAGAGAAUGAUUUGCUGAAUUCAAACCAAAUGCUGAAGGAAAUGGUGGAGAGGUUAAAACAGGAAUGCCGAAAUUUAAGAAGCCAAGCUGAAAAAGCACGACUAGAAGUUGAAAAGACAUUGGAAGAGAAACAGUUGCAGUGGUUAGAAGAAAAGCAUAAACUUCAUGAGCGUAUCACAGACAGAGAAGAAAAGUAUAAUCAAGCUAGAGAGAAACUGCAGCGAGCUGCAGUUGCCCAGAAAAAGAGGAAAUCUCUUCAUGAAAACAAAUUGAAGAGACUGCAGGAGAAAAUAGAAGUUUUGGAGGCAAAGAGAGAAGAAUUGGAAACAGAAAACCAGGUGUUAAAUAGACAAAAUGUUCCGUUUGAAGAAUAUACAAGGAUUCAGAAAAGACUGAAGGAUAUACAGAGAAGACAUAAUGAAUUUCGAAGUUUGAUUUUGGUUCCUAACAUGCCUCCCACAGCAUCCAUCAACCCUGUUAGCUUUCAGUCAUCAAACAUGGGUCCAGGCAUGGAACUGUCCUUCCCUCCUCAUCUUCAGGAGGAACAGCAUCAAAGGGAACUCUCUUUACUGCGUAAAAGACUAGAAGAACUAGAAACAACACAAAGAAAACAACUAGAGGAACUUGGAUCUCCUGGAGAAUGAUGUUCUUGGAGAAAAGGCAGAACAAAAGGGGCAAAAUCAGUGACUCAAUAAAGCUUGAAGUUUUAACAUAUGUGGCAUUUAGAUACUUUAUUACCGUUUGCCAAAACACCUGAAUGUACCUCAAGGAAAGGUACCAGCUGCAUACUGUAUUUCAUGAGGUCUGGGAUUUUAGGAUACCAACGACCAACGAAGCAUUAAAAGAAGCCAUUUCAGAGAUACUUAGAUCAUCUAUUGACAAUCCUUUGAGAAUAUUAAAAAAAAGAGUUAGGGAAUCAAGUUUUAAAAUUAUUUUAUUUUGUUGAACUUUCUGGCAUUUUGCGUGAAAUAUGCCCAUGCUGAAUUCCCUCUUCCUUAUCUCCAAGAGGCUUGGCAAUAACAGGGUCUGCAAAUACCUUCUGGUUUACUGUAUAUGAGUUAUAAACCUCUAGUUCUUAAAAAAACAUGACAAUUUAAAAAUCAGCAUAAAAAAUAAAACUUAAAGUUAUCUAUAUAUUCAUUACAAAGGCUACGUUUUCUAAAACCUGUGUGCACAUAAUUUAUUACAGAGCUUAAUAAAUAUUUUUCUAUCUAUAUUGUCUUGUGUUUAAUUUCACUUUGACCAUAUGUAUUGAGCAGUAGGAGCCCUGGUGGUGCAGUGAUUAAGAGCUUAGCUGCUAACCAAAAGGUUGGCUGUUCAAAUCUACCAGCCACUGCUUGGAAACCCUAUAAGGCAGUUCUGCUCUGUCCUAUACUGUCACUAUGAGUUGGAACUGUCUCCUCAGCAACGGGUUUGGGUUUUUGGGGGUAUUUACCAAUGUGGCUCUCACUGAGUUUGGCUUUGUUGAGUUGGAAUUAAUAGAAAAUAACAAAGUACAAAUAAUUAAAUCCUGUGGCUGUAUAAAAAGGGGGCCAUCAGUUGUAAAACUUGAACCCAGCGUGUUUCCUGUAGAAGUAUUGUUGGUAUUUAAUUUUGCUUUCCACUAUUUUGAAUCUAACCAAAUAAUUAUAAACGUUUUAUUUCUGCACAUCCUUAAGUAUGCCAUCGUUUACUUUUUUUUCCACUGUGCACCCAGCAGCUUUUUAUGUAACAUCUUUUAGAGGAAUUCUGCUGGAAUAAUUUCAUGUCAACAAGGCACAGCUCAAGCCUGCCAAACUAAGUGGAAUUUUCAUUAACCAGAAGUCUUCAUAAUCAAAAUCCAAGUUGAUAUUGGAGACCAGGAAUGUAACUGAGCAGCCCUUAGCAUCAGUUAACAAGAAACUAGGUUCAGACUUACUAUCUAAUAUAGCUGCUUAUUCACAGAGAGUAUACAGUGACAUCUUGUUCCUGAAAAACUAUUAAUUUACAUGUAGCCACUUAGAAUAAAAAAGCUACUAUAGCUGGAAAAAUGAAAAAAAGACAAAAAGAGUCCACGGUUACAUCAAAAUGUUUAUUUUUGGAUAUAGACAUUUAAAACAUUCAUCUCCAAGAACAGCUUCAAUCAGGUAUACAAUAAGAAAUAGACUUUAAAUCCUAGUACGGAAAAGGUAACCGAAUAAAUUUUUAAUUGCUGCUGUAGACACUAGUGUUAGAAAAAAAAGUUUAUAAAUGAAUCGUUUUGCACCAAAAAAAUAAGCAAAGAAACUUGAAAAUAGAUAUUGUUUGCCAUUUGUUUCUCUGGUUGCUGUUUAAUAUGGACCCAGUGACUGAUUGUCUUCAGCACACAUCUGAUUUGGCCAUUUUCUGCGUUUGGCUAAUGUAAUCCAAAGUGUGGAUCUAGACAGUGCUUUUCACUGGAGGAUUGACAAACACGCUACAUACAUUAGUGAAUCUUCACGCCACCUCAGUGAGGUAGGUUAGAAAUAUUAUACAGAAAUCGAGGCACAAAGAGGUAAGUGACUUGCCCAAAGUUCCAAACAGCACAGUUCCUGGAAGAGCAGAUAAUUCUCCACACGGGACCUGCGUGCCAGAGGGCUGGACAGGGACACCCUCAUCUGUAGCAUUUAGUAAAUACUGAGAUAAAGCUGUAGCUGAUCCUUUGAGUUUUCUGAGCAUUUCUGUACCCUAAAGAAGGGGAAGUCUUUUGGGCAACUCUCCUACCCUUGGCUCUCAACUCUCCUACUGGUGUUCACUUAUGAACUCCUUCACAUCUUUCAAGACUGUGUAGCAGCCUUAGACGGGGCCAGACCUCACUCUGUAAUACUUACAAGGAACUUAUUUGGUAGUAUUUUUGAGGUGUGUCCAUUGGACAGACAAUGGUCAAAAGUGAUGGGGUUAGGAAGGUGCCUAUCAGGGCAGUAACUGCUUCAUUUCUGAUCAGUUGGUUAAGGUGUCACCUCUCUCACUCUUUAUUUACCAGAUAUCGAGGAGCAAAAAGAAUUUCAUUUAUCUCAGAUAAACUUUGUGUUUAAAUCCUGACGUUACAUACAGUGUUGGUCAAUGAUUUUAAGGAAUGUGUGGUCAAUGUUUUGCUUGCUAUUUAAAAAAAUGUAUUUCCUAGAUUGGGAAUUUGGAGCACCAAGGGUAAAAGGUGCCAUAAGAAAAGCUUGAGAGAGUUGCCAAUUACGCUUGUUACUCCUUCUGGUUUAAUAGAAGGAAAACACAGUGGUAUUAAAAUUGGUCAUGAGCAGCAAAAAUUCAGGAAUAAAAAAUCAGCAAUAAAAAGACUACAGUAUAACUGGAGAGGGAAUUCUUUAAAAAGAAAGGCAUGAAUAAAAUGGAUAUUUUUAAUCCUUUCUCCUGUGAGGAAUACUUUCAAAAAGUACAUAGUAAGACUAAGAUACCAAGUUGUAUACUAAUAUUUUCAGGCCUUGGGCCUUAUAUAUAUUUAUAUAUAAUACUCCAGUGUGAACAGCAAUUUCAUGAAAUGUAAAAUGUAUCUUUUUUUUUUUUAAAUCACACACAAGUAUUUAUAACCACAGGGUUCACUUGAAAUCUAAAGCAAGGAGGCACGAGCCUAGAAAUGUCUGAUUGGGAGAGUGAGCACUCUUCUACAGGCGGCUCUGAUCAGAAGUUUUUAAACAGUAUACGUAAUCUACUAAUGAGUUUUUUCCUUUAAACAAUACCUAGUAGGCCCACUGUCAAAUACAUGCUGUAUGAAAAAAUAAAAUAGAAAAAGAAAAAAAGGAAUAUAAGUUAGAACAGAGUGGCUAAAAUGCGAUUGCAUUUAAAGAAAGCUACACACUCUCCUUGCUUUAGAGCUCCUUGGUGAAAUGCAGGUGAGUUUGAUGGAGUGCAGUUGGUGACCACUGAAAAACACGAGCCCUUUCAACAAUGUUGCAACACUGUUAGUUUUUGGUUUAAAAACACACACACACACUCACGAAUGCUAAGUGUACACACUACCAAAUUCUGCGGUCAGCUUUUCCAAGAACUACCGGGGAAAGUUUCAAUGCUGCAAAUCCUCGAGGUUGCCCUCACACCCCCACUUGUUUCCAAAUGACUCAUUUCACAUUUUGUGUUGAGCACUGGCAGUGUCCCUUUUCUGCAGAGGUGCAGUGUAGUCACAAGUGCUACUUAGCUGUAGUUUUCAAACAAAACCACUUACAUAUUAUUGUGCUUAAGUGGAGGCUGUAGUUAUAAUACUGACGCUUGCUUACUGGCCCUGUGUUCUCUGUAAACAAGGAGACUGUUUGCAACAACCACUUCAACUCUAUUUACAGAAGGGUUCCCUCAGGCACAAUGUUUGGUCUGCUUUCUGAAAGCUGUGCGUGUACCUGGGUCUGUUACACAAAGACCGUGCUCAAAGUGGAACUUAUGUGCAAACUUAAAAAAUUAACGAGACAGAGUAGCUCAAGCAGCCAUUUUGCUCCCAAGUCGUCUGAUGAACUCUGCCAGAUUAAGCCAGGCCCCAGAGUGCUUACAUCCACUUGCAUUUCUUCUUUUCAUCAAAUAAGACUUUUACAUGCAAGAGUUGUUUCUGAGCUUCUUCCAGCCCUCGUUCUCUUUCUAGUUUAUUUAGAAUCUGUUGACAAUUAGAACAGUUAUUUUAGAUAUUGCGGUUUUAGCAUUAAACGGGUUUGUUUCUUUAUGUUUUCUUAUUUUUUUUUUAUUUAUUUUUUUGCACUCCUGAUGCUGUGAGUGGUAAAAUCUGUAUGAAACAGAUGCCAGCAUUUUCUCCAAUCAUUUACAUACUCACUUUGCAAGUUGUUUUGCUAAGUCAUUAUCACAGGAUCAACAACACUUUGGCUUAAAAUAGAAGCUCACAAGAAAUACCAACUAUCUGCUUAAACAAAUAUGGGGCCAGACUUCAAGGCCCUGCUUUAUGCAUUAUGUCAUAGCCAUUCCAAGCACAGCAAGCAUUUCUGGGCAGCCAGCAUGCAGGCAAGUAGUCUUCAAUGCAGCAGGCAGGGGCAUCCUGGUAAGAGAUGAAUACUUCCCUCCCCUCCUCCCCUCCUCCCGCCCAUCCUGUGCAGUGUCGUCCCUCCUCUCCCCUACCCUCCCCAGUGCUUCCCUUCUCACCCCUAACCCCUGGAAAGAGGGAUGCUUAUCAUGUUGAAGGAACUCAUUGCCUCUACCCUACCUUAGCGCUUCACUUGAUCUUCAAGUAGCAAAUGGAAUGGGUGAGCUAUUCUCACCAUUGACAUGGAUAGCCUGUCCCAGCAUGACUGAGUGGGGGGAAUCAGGGAAGGGGGGGAUUAACAUAUAUUUGGAAACAGCGCAUCUGAUGAAUGUGUCUGUGUGAAUUCCCAAAGAAAAAAAUCCAGAUUUAGGAGAAUUAAUCAUAAAGGAGAAUGGUUUAUUGAAAUAGUUUCUUAAGUCAGAAAUAUGGCAUAGUUGUUCAUAUAGCUAUUGAAUACAGAAUCUAGGUGGUUUCACAAGCUUAGCUUUCUUUUUAGCAAAUUACAAUCCAGCAUAAGCUGGCCCCAUUUAAUAGGACCACUGCUUACUCAUCAAGUUAUUUGGAGUCAGUGUGGCUGUAGGCCACAUGAACUCAAAUGUAGAUUCAGGCUAGUCCAAAAGUAGGCAGCACGAUGAAACUCGGAGGGGCAGCCAGGUGCAGGGUCUGGCUUGGUGCCAGGAUCCCCCAUCUCGGACAGGCUUCCUGGCCUCCUUUUCUGGCCAUUUGGGAUGCCAGAACUGUCCUGAGACCCAUAGAGUGCUAUACCCAAAUCUUUGUCACUGAUACAUAAGUUAAAAAAAAAAAAUUGUUUUAAUUUAAAAUCUUACCUCAUCAAAAUACUUGACGAUGUAUUUGUAGAUUUCUGUCAAGGCCACUUCUUCAUUAAAUUCAUUCUCAUGUUUCUUAAAUAAAAAAAAGGCUUGGUGAGAAAUUCUGAAUUUUUUUUUUUUUUUAAAGAAGUAACCAAAUGGAAGUUAACAUCUGUCUUCUAAUGAUACCUUAGAUUCCUGAGUUAAGAAUUCUUCCAUUUCUGAAGAUGACAAUGGAGGCAAAUCCCUGAUUGCUUUGUAGUAAGAUUUUACUUCCUCUUUAUAGGUUGGGAUAUCCUUGGCAUAGAGAAGUUUAUUAGUUGGUGCUUCCUGGAAAAAAGCAACCAUGGCAGAAAGAGUGAAAAAACCAAGGGAAUUUAUAACAGUACAAUGUGUCUGAACCUCCACCACCAGUAUUAUCUCCUGGCUUCGUGCAGUAGGCCUUAAUCAAUGUUGUUGACUGAAUGACUGACUGCCAUCUAUAGAGUUCUGGUGACUCACUGUUACUUUCAGGCAGAUUAAAUGCUAAUAUAUUCUGCCUUCCUCUCAUAAAAGAACUGAAAUUAUUAUUUUUGCAUGAUUUUGAGUUACUGUAACAAUGGAACUUAUUUCAAUCAUAGUUCAUUACUAAUGGUUGUAAAAAGCCUGAAUUAAAACAUUUUUCUCUCAUCCUCGCCCACCAGUGAAUUUUGGCAUUUACAAAAGACUUGAUUGUAGAUCUGAUCGAGCCCUUUAUAUAACCACGAAACUGGCAACUAAUUGGCAGUGGCAGAUUUUUCUGCUCGUGCCUUUUGUUUCAUUAGAUUAUAAAGAUCUUCCAGUUACCUCAAGGAAACACAUGGUCAUUAGUGUUGGUGGCUCUGGUGUCUGAUUUUGCAUAGGUCCCUGCGCAGUUUGAAUGUUUUUUAUGUAACUAUAACAAUGAUAAUAUUAAAAAAUAAUAAAAUAAGUGAAAAUUUAAAUAAUCAUUAUUUGUCACACAAUUAAAAAAAUUCUACUCAGGAAAGAUGGGUGACAUGAUGAUAUGGCUGAUGUCCUACUACAUUUCAAAGAAUAUCUGAAGCUGAACCAGUAAUUUGAUGCAUCGUUCCAAAUGAUGCCUAGACUGAGAUAUUACUGAAAUAUUUUUACUUGUCAAGUUUAAGUAGAACCCACAGAUCAUGGGAUCAUUCAUUCAGUAAACAUUCAGCCAGGCACUAUGGUUGGCAUUGGGUAUAUAAAGAUGAAAGAGACCAGUACCUGACCUUAAGAAGAUUAUAAUCUAGUUGGGAAGACAAACUUACACACAGCUUAGUACAAGUGGGGAAACCCUGGUGGCGUAGCGGUUAAGUGCUACGGCUGCUAACCAGCAGUUUGAAUCUACCAGGUGCUCCUUGGAAACUUUAUGGGGCGUUCUACCCUGUCCUAUAGGGUUGCUAUGAGUCGGAAUUGACUCAGCAACAACGGGUUAGUAUAAGUGAUUAGUAAGUAGGAGGGAGGGUGCAGAGUAAAGACUGUAGAGGUGAAUCAAGUCUGCUACAUUGUGUGAUUUUAGGCAAGAUUUGUAACACCGAUGGCAGUGGAUUUGGUCAUCUCUCAGAACAUCAACUUCCUUAACCCCAUGGCAUAGUGGUUAAGUGCUACGGCUGCUAACCUAAAGGUCGGCAGUUCAAAUCCGCCAGGUGUUCCUUGGAAACUAUGGGGCAGUUCUACUCUGUCCUAUAGGGUUGCUAUGAGUCCCAAUCGACUCAACAGCAACGGGUUUGGUUUUGGUUUUUCGGUGUACCUUAUAUGGUUAUAUAUAAGGUAUAUAACUUACCUUAUAUGGUUCUUGUGAAGAUUAAUUGAAAUAUACCAAGAACACAGGAAGUAAUUAAUAAACAACCAUUUUUACUAUGAAAAAAUAAACAUUUAAGUGUCUUUCACUGUGUGGGUGCUAAGAACUUUGUUAGUCAAAUGACUAAAGUAUUGUGGGAAAUAGAUCAGGGGAAGGUUCAAAGCAUGUGUAUUUAAGCUGAUCUGAGCCUCGUACCAGUUUCUGGUACCCAUUUGGAAAUCAUGUUUGUUGGAUGAAUGAAUGAGUAGUAUUUACUAGACAGAGUAGUUGUGAGACAAGAGGGGAUUAGCAAAGGGGUGUGAAAACAAGUUCAUAGUGUGUUUGGGAAAAGUAAACUGUAGCAUAGAGAGCAUGUGAAGUGUGCCAGAAAAUUAGGAAGUUGGAAAAGAGACCCGAAGGCCAAUCAAGAAGGGCCAGGUGGUACUGCGAAGAUUGUUAUCUGGUAGGUAAUGGGAAGUAUUUAAAAUUUUUUCAGCAGGAAACUGACAAGAUCAGGUUUAUGUUCUAGAUCACCUGAGAUACCCGUUACCGGUUGCUGUUGAGUCAAUUCUGACUCAUAGCGACCCUAUAUACAGUGAAAAGGAAAAGGCUGGGGGGUGGGGUAGACAGCAGGGGCAAGGACAGCGGUCAGGAAGUGAUUAUUACCCCAGUGGAGAAGGGAUGGCAGGAUGAGGCAGACGGAAUAAAAGGAAAGAACAGAGACAUUCUGGAGACAGAAGUGAGUGGUAACCAACAGACUGGGGGAAAGGCUGGGGGAAGAGAUGAAGAAGAAGGAGUCGAAGGCCAAGGAUUCUACCUUGAGAGACUAGGCAAUCCUCUAGAAGACAAAAGUAAAAACAGGUUUAUUCUGUAGGAAUAGUGGUGAUAGAGUUUAGAUUUAGGCUAGGAGUCUGGGGUGCUUAUAAAACAUCAAUCACUGUUCAUCCCAGGCACUCUUAAAAUCCUCUACCAAAGAGCCACAGUUCAGCGUUAAAAGAUUUUCUGAAAUGCACUAGGUACAGAUAUUAUUCCGUUUAAUGUAUUUCGGAGUACUUCACAUAAGACCAAAACACCGCUUUCAAAGUUUGCUCUGUAUUUUUAUCCUGCUUUGUUUUCUUUUUUUGUUUGUUUGUUUUCUUGGGGCUUUUGAUCAGCUAGGAAAACAAUAUGCAUGUUUUGAUUAUAAACUGACAAACCAAUAGCGAUACAAAUCUCAGGCAAGAUUUUCUUCCCCGUAAGCAAUUUGUCAUAUUCAAAUAGAGACUCUUUUAUGUAUAUUCAGAUGGAACUAAUUUAGGCAAAUUUCAAUAGUUUUACACUUUGGGCUAAUGUUUUAUCAGUGUCACAGCAGAGUUCUGCAAUAGGCUGGAGCUAAUCUAAUAUUUCAGCUUUCCCUUAAAAAAGAUACUAGAUUACAAACAGAAAUAAAGGAGACAGAUUUUGGAGCAAAGUGAAUGUACAGUGACUAUCAUUGGCUAUUUUCAGCCGGUGUGGUUUAAGCCAAUCGUUUAUUAUUUUUGACAGAGUUGAUUUACAAGAAACAGAGAGUGCUUCAAAUUCACAGGAGGACAUUCAAGAAAUACUACAGCGGAGCCCUACCUUCCCUAGUUGCUGCUCCGUGAGAGAAAACGCAUCCAUGAACGCCUGGGCAAUCACUGACAAACAGCCGUCUAUGUGUGGCGUCUUCUUAAUGUCAAAGACAAACUGAGGGUUCUUCAGGAUGUUUACCCAGAAGCGAAGAGGAAGGCUGUUCAAAAGGAGAGAAAUCUCUUUCAAAUAGGGCCAUUCAUAUGAGGCCAAUGUUCUGUGUAUCACAGUUUGUAAACGGGCAUUUUUGUCCUUGUAAUCGAAGUAUACAAGUCUGCUUUGGCACACGUAUCAAGCAACAGAGGGCAGCAUGACUGAGAAAGAACAAGAAAGGGUUAAACUGACAGGGCUACUGAGAGGAAGGACUAGAGGAGGAUAAGUCUGAAAGGGGAUGAGAAUUUUCUCCAGAUAGUUCUUGAUAAUAUCAGACGAUGGUUACCAAUGAGAACAUCUCAUACUCAGAGCUCUAGAAUUAGACCUCUACUCACCCCCUCUAAGUGCUACCCACCUACUGCCUUCCAGUUGAUUCAGACUCAUAGUGACCCCACAGGGUUUCCAACGCUGUAAAUCUCUACAGAAGCAGACUGCCACAUCUUUUCCCCAUGGAGCCCCUUGUGGUUUCAAACCACCAACCUUUCAGUUAGCAGCUGAUUGCUUUAACCACUGCGCCACCAGGGCUCCUAAGUGCUACAUCCUGAUCUAAGCUAUAACCGUCUCUUACCCAGAUUAUAAUCCCCAGCUCCUGACAGUUUAUUCUCUACACAACUACCAGUGAUCUUUUAACAACGAAUCAGAUCACGUCUCUCCUCUGCUCCAAAUCCUAUACGUUUCCAUCUCCUUGCAGGUAAAAACACUACAUGGUCUGGCCCAGUGCAUCCAUCUCCUACUACUUUCCAUCUCACUCAUUCCAACUAAAGUGGCCUCCUCACUGUUCUUCAAGAACGCCAGGCAAGCUCCUGACUCAGGACUUUUCUCUUGUUGCCUCUCUUCCUGAAACUCUCUUGCCUGAGAUGGUCUCACAGUUUGCACCCUCACCUGUCACCUCUUUCAAAACCUGGCUCAAAUGGCAUCAUCUCAGUGAAGCCUUCUCUAUCCAAUCUAUCCUGACCCUCUUUAUUCUCCUUUCCCACUUUCUCCAUUGCACUGAUAACCCUCUCAUAUACUACACCUGUUUUAUUUAUUGUCUUGUCUUCACCAUUAGAAUGUAAACUCCAUGAGGACAUGAAUUUUUGCCUGUUUUAUUCACUACUCUAUCUCCAGCACAGUCCCUGAGUGAAGCAAAUGGUUAACACACUCAGCUGCUAACUGAAAGGUCAGAAGUUAAAGCCCACCUGGAGGUACCUUGGAAGAAAGGCCUGGUAAUCUACUUUUGAAAAAUCAGCCAUUGAAAACCCUACGGAGCACGGUUCUACUCUGACACCUUUAGGUCACCAUGAGUUGAAAUUGACUGGACAGAAACUAGUUUUUAUCUCUAGCACCUAUAACAGUGCUUGACACACAGUACGUGCUUGAAUAAAUAUUUGAAUAGAAACUUGAGAACUGUUCAAAGUCUAACUCUGGCCUCUACCAUAUGGCUGCUGGGUCUCCCAAUAAAUAGCCUAAAGGCACUUUCAGCUCUACUGUCCUGGCUGCUGCCCCUGCUCAGAUGCCACGUCUCCAUGGUGCAGUGGUGGGCUGUAGCACCCAAGCUUGAUGUGGGCGUAGCACGGCAGGAGGAUAAAAGGCUAGAACACAGGAAGGGAGUGGAGCAGAGAGGCCGGCUAGAUCCGGAUUAAAUGGGAGAAGCUCAGACCUAGAUUCUGGAACUUCAGUUUUUAGUACUUGCUUAAAAUGGUCUGGCUAACUUCAGUGCUUAGAAGGCUUGAGCUGGGACUGAGAAGUUGUUCAUCAUAACUCUGAGUCUUACUCAGCUCAUGCACAAAGUAUGUUAAAUAAAGGUAAUGAGCUAUAUUUCUUUAUUGCGGAAACAUUUCGAAUAAAUCUAGAUUCCUUAGCUCUGCUUGAGGUAAAAUGUUAAUAAAACAAAGCAAACCUUUGGUUAGUUCUCCUGGCAUUUGAGUACUGUAUUUGAUAAGGCUGAAGCAGACAUUUCUACACAGAUUCAGAAUGUAGCCAAACAGAGCUCCUGAAAGGAAGGGAGUGAACCCAAGCGAAGAUUGGAGAUAGGCCUGGUUGGGCUUGAGCAUGCACUAAGAAGACAGUUUGGAAAUGGCAAAGUGACUGAUUCUUUCACGGACAAAUAAAAGAGCCUUCUCUAAGGAAAACAUUGUAUGAGGAAUCCCACAAAAUAUUAAUUUCUCAUCCUUCUGGUCAAGCUAAACUUGUGUUAACAGUUUAGACAGUCUUUUUCAUACAUUAAGGACACUAGAUUUUGUUUAUUUAAACCUAAAGAAUAGAAUUCACAGCAUAGAAGUGGUUUUAUUUAUUGUUUAAAAAUAGUAACAAAUGGGGAGGGAGGGGAAGGGAAAUCAAUAACUAGACAGUAGACAAGGAUCAACUUCGGUGAAGUAAAGAACAAAGAGGAAAAAAAAAUAGUAACAGAGCAAGAAACUAUUUUGACAUGAUAGUUCACCAAGCACAAAGAUUCUGAGACAGGGAUAAAAGAAUCCUCCUAACUCUCUUUGACCUCAAUUUUAGUUAAGAUUCUGUCCUAGAUUCUUGAAAACAGUCAGUAAUCGCCUACAUUCCCACCUGUUUGUUUUCCAAAUAUGUACAACAUCAGGGUCUGUGAUUUUCUUGUUUUCAGCCUGGGCAUCCAAAAAGUCAAAAAAGUAUUUUAUAGCAAAUGGAGCUCUGCUGUUGGGCAAACUCCAAAUGCUUCUAAAAAGUUUUUCAAGCACAGAAUGAAUUGCCACCUGAAAGAGAGAAAACAGUGGAUUCAUGAGAUUAAUUUGUAUAUAUGUGCAUAUAUGUGCAUGUGUAUCGUAGCAGUUUUGAAAACAUGAUAGAAAAUGAAAUCCAAGUUUUGAGACUCUGACGUGCAAAACAGAGAAAAGCUGAAGAGAAAAUAACUAAAAUUGUCAAACGAGGCCAACACUCACAGUAUGGGACAAAGGUCCUGGAAAUCCAUGGCCAAAAUUAUAAAUUUGUUUCAUAAGCUUCUUGCUGAUAACAAGAUUGUUUGGUCAACAGGGAGGGUAUCUUAGAAAUCUCCAGCAGUUGAAAUGUCAGUUGUAGGGCUGUAUACCGACACCAAGGAGCCAUGGAUGUUUGGCUUUUAUUAGUUAUGUUCAGCUUGGAAAAACUCACGUGAUGUUGUUCUCUUCCCAGAAUUUUUCCUGUUGCACAUAUUUCCAUGACUGGGUUUAAGGUGGCCUUUCCAAAGCAUUUGAGUGUUUACAAAAACCAAAUAGGCAGAGCUCCAUGGGACAGCUGAGAAAACCAAGAGGCGCUGUCUGUCCUCUGCUCACUAAACAGAUCUACUAAGCUCUAAGCGGAUUCCCUCCUGUAAUCUGAAGAAGUAUGCCCAGCAGGUUACCGGGGCCAGGUGAAGAUAAUAGCAUUUAUAUUGCUAGUCGUUUCAGGAAAAAAAAAAGGACCACCACAGAUUUCUGUUAAUCCUCCCAAAAGCCAGAUAACAAAAAAUUGGCUCCUGACUUGGUAUUCCACUGGCUUUCACAUCUGACUUUUUUAUAUGUGAACAGAAUUCUUAAUUUUAAAAUGAAAAAAAAAAAAAACAGUAAGAUUUACUAGAUUUAUA